AUGGCCGGUAAUCUGCAGAAAUUGUUGGAUGAGUACAUGAAGUCAGUGAGCUUUGAUAAUUCUGUAAAUCCUGCAGUGGCGGCGUCUUUUAGCGAAAAGUACCUUAAAGGUUUUAAUGCUAAAGAGAAAGCAAACAAUGUAGUCAAGAAGAUGAAAUCUGAUGGAAAGGACGCCACGCAGAAGAUUGAGAGUGAAGAAGUAAAAGCAAGAUCAGCUGCUCAAGCCCCACAACUUGUGAAAGAGAAACUUGAUGGACUAAAUGCUGCUAUUGCGGAGGCAAAGAAGGCUGUGGAAAAAGAAAUACAGAAAAAAAAGCUAUUAGAAGUAGAAAAGUUAACAAAGGAAGACAUAACUAACGGAGGAGGGCCAGCAAACAUGAGAAGUGAUACGGCGUCAUUAGCAGAUGCUCAGUUGGUAAAGGCUGAGAGAACAGUUGAGUCAGUGGUGGAAGAUAAUGCAUUUGAGCAAAUGAAGAAUACGAGAAACAAUAAUAACACAAGUCACACGACCAAUGAGAGCCCACAAACUAAAGCACACAAAAUAGUGACAGAAAGUCAGCAACAAACAAAUAAGGAAAAUGUGAAGAUAGAAAAUAAGAACAGAAAUGAGAGUGUUGACAAAGUAAAUGAAGCACCCAACUCUUCCCCUUCACCAAGAAAUUUGGUACAUCAAAACAAGCCAUCUUCUGUUAUUUCUUCGAAUUCCCUACCGUCAAAUGACACGUCUAUCAAUGAUUUAAAGGGAACCGUCCCUUUGAAUGUUACACAUUUAAGUGACAGCAGCAGCAGUCCUGCAUUGGUGCGCAGUCCCUUAUUGCUGCUUCUUGUUUCGAUGUGUGUGCUGGGCUGCACUGUCGUUUGCUGA